AGAUGGCUGCACCGACAAUGUCCCUGCUCUCCCGGCAGGUGAGGGAAGCCAGCAGGAGGAUCCUUCCUGGGGUGACAGGUACCCCAGUGUCCAGGGUACGAUGCUUCAGUACAUCAGUGGUCAGGCCCUUUUCCAAGCUUGUGAGGCCCCCUGUUCAGGUAUAUGGCAUUGAAGGUCGCUAUGCCACUGCUCUUUAUUCUGCUGCAUCUAAACAGAAUAAACUGGAACAAGUAGAAAAGGAGCUACUGAGAAUAGCUCAACUCCUGAAGGACCCCAAAAUGUCUACUUCUAUUCUGAAUCCCUACAUUAAACGUUCCAUUAAAAUGAAAAGCCUGAGCGACAUCACAACAAAAGAGAAGUUUUCCCCGCUCACCUCCAACCUCAUGAUUUUACUUGCUGAAAAUGGUCGUCUGGACAAUACCCAGGGAAUCAUUUCUGCCUUUUCUACCAUCAUGAGUGUCCACCGUGGAGAAGUACCUUGCACAGUGACUACUGCCUCUCCUUUAGAUGAUGCUGUUCUCUCCGAAUUAAAGACGGUUCUGAAGAGCUUCCUAAGUCAAGGCCAAGUACUGAAAUUGGAGGUUAAGACUGAUCCGUCAAUCAUGGGUGGAAUGAUUGUCCGUAUUGGGGAGAAGUUUGUUGACAUGUCUGCAAAGACCAAGAUUCAGAAACUGAGCAGGGCCAUGCGGGCAGUUAUGUGAGCACUCUGGUGUCCAUCAUCAGUGGAAAUUCCUGCACUCGGAGCAACAGUAAAAUGCUUCCUGAACACAUCGUGUUUACUGUCUUUCAAAGUGAAACACAAAGAGCCUUGUUUUCAUCUUUCUUCCAGAAUCCCCUCACUUUCAAGGUUAAAAAAGCCCUUUGGGCUGAAGAAUUUGGUUUGUGUAGAUCAUUCUUAGGAAUUAAUUGAUUGAUUAAACAUAACACCCAUACAGACUGAUUCAACAAGGUCUGGUUCUGCCUGCUAAAACCUCCU